CGGCUGUCCAAAAGAUUCAGGCACACCAAAGGUGACUGUUGUGGUGAGCAGCGAGCAUUCAGCGUGAUACCAGGCGAGUCUGAUUACAACCACUAUAACUACUGCUACCUAAUAACACUGCCAUUGCCACACGCGCCCCUCGAGAAAAUAGUCGAAUGGCAAAAGAAAAAGUUGCACAUUCAACCGCGAACGCCAAUCUCGACGAUCAGUCCAUAUAUAACCGCUUCCGUGGCUUCGCUGCAGGCGUUGCAUCAGGCGUGACCAAACUGGCAGUUGGACACCCGUUUGAUACGGUAAAAGUACGUCUUCAAACGUCGAGCAAUGAUCGCUUCAAGGGUCCUUUGGAUUGCUUGAUGAAAACUGUUCGUCAAGAGGGCGUCCGUGCUUUAUACAAAGGUGCAACGCCCCCCUUAAUUGGCUGGAUGUUUAUGGACAGCAUCAUGCUGGGAACUCUGCAUAAUGCACGGAUGGUACAACAGAAAUGGAAUGGCGAUAAACCUUUGACUGUAUUCCAGCAUGGUUUAGCAGGAUUGGCAGGUGGUCUGACGGUCUCCUUUGUAGCCACUCCAGUCGAGCAGAUUAAAUCCCGUCUGCAAGUUCAAUACGAUGCGGUGACCAAGGUCUAUACGGGUCCCAUCCAUUGUGCAACGCAACUUGUACGCAACAAUGGUGUUACCGCGUUAUGGAAUGGAUUGCUGCCUACGAUGCUGUUUAGAAGCUGGUUCUUUGUGUUUUGGGCAUCGUAUGAUGUUUUCACACGGCAGUUAAAGAAAUUCAAUCUUUCGGACGGCACUACGACAUUUGUAGCAGGUGGCUUGAGCGCUACUACAUUUUGGAUUGGAGCGUUCCCGGCAGAUUCUGUCAAGAAUAGAUACAUGACACAACCUGACGUCACGCCUAAGCAGUACCCCACACCAACAGCUGUGGCGAAGCACAUUUAUAACACGGGUGGAUUGAAAGGCUUUUACAGAGGCUUCGUUCCAUCGUUCCUGCGUGCAUUCCCUACCAAUGCUUCGGCUGUCUUUAUGUUCGAAACCGUCAUGAAGCUCCUGGCGUAAACACCAAAUUGACCUCUUAACGGCCACCAUCCCACUUUUUUUCUUGUUGUACAUACAAUAUGCUUUCCCUUUUCGACUUUUGAUAUAUUAGAUGAAAAACACCCAAUUGUCCUUAACACACAUAGAUAACACUGGUUUCUUUUUCUUAAUUGUACUUUUCAUCGAGUGUUUGUAACCUAUUUGCUUUAUCAAAAAUUAUUACCAUAUCUUUUUUUUGGCAUUAUUAUCUAUUGUAUAAUUCAU